AUGUCCGGCCGUCUGGUCUCGCUGGUCUCGCGCCCGCUGGCGCGCAGCUGUUUCCUACGCGACGUGCGCCAACCCGCCAGGACGCGAUUUCUUUCGACUCUCCCGAACAUCCCUCUCUUCCGUGCCCUGCAGAGCUAUGACCCGGCCAGUCUGGCGAUUAUUCAUAGCGUGACCACGCGGUCCUUCACCUACGGCAAUCUCAUCGCCGACGUCGUCCGUGCCAAGGAGGAUCUUCAACGCAAAGUCGCAAAGUCCGAGGGACAGCUCGCGGGGGAGCGAGUAGCACUUCUCGCAGAGAACAGCUACGAUUACGUAGUGACGCUGCUGGCUAUCUUUGCCAAUGAUGCUGUUGCACUUCCGCUGUCCCCAUCGUUUCCUACUGGGGAGCUGCAAUAUAUUUUGGACAAUUCCCAGGCCAAGGUAUUGCUUUCGACCGAGAAAUAUGCUCAGAAGGCACAAGAGAUUUUACAAGCGGGACUGGAACGUGAGCCUUUACUCGAUAUCAGACCCAAGAUCACAAAGGGCGCAACGGGCAGCGAGGCUGUACAGUUGGAAGACUUGAAGCAGCCGUCGUCCGGGGGCAUGAUGCUAUAUACCUCGGGCACGACAAAUCGACCGAAAGGCGUACUUAUCCCCGAUUCUGCGUUGGCCGCGCAGGCAUCCUCGCUCCUGGAAGCGUGGAAGUACGCGCCGCAGGAUCGACUCCUUCAUCUCCUGCCACUCCACCAUAUUCAUGGGGUGGUGAACGCCAUUGUGACUCCAAUUCUGGCGGGGUCAUCCAUUGAAUUCUUGUAUCCGUUUAACGCGGACCAGGUCUGGAAACGGUUCGCGGCGCCUUUUCUGCCAUCCAAAAAUACCGACGCAACUCCCCCUAAAAUCACAUUCCUCAAUGCCGUGCCCACAAUCUACAGCCGGCUGAUGUCGUCCUUCCCCAAUCUCUCGCCGGAGAUUCAAAACGCCGCCAAACAAGCUAUUUCUCCAGAGAACCUCCGGCUAAACAUCUCUGGAUCCGCGGCACUGCCCACGCCCACCAAGACUGCGUGGCAGCAGCUCAGUAACGGCAACGUACUGCUGGAGCGGUUCGGUAUGACCGAAGUCGGCAUGGCGAUCAGCUGCGGGCUCGACUUUGCAGACCGCGUCGACGGCAGCGUGGGCUGGCCGCUCCCGAACGUCGAGGUGCGGCUAGUCGAUACCGAGACCGGUGCUGUAAUUCCACCGGGUGAGGACACCGACUCGGCCGGCCGUGCCCGCGAGGGCGAGAUCCAGAUCCGUGGGCCUACCGUGUUCCACAAGUAUUGGGCCAACGAAAAGGCCACGCGUGAGGAGUUUGUCGCGAGCGAUGACGGCGGCUCCCGCUGGUUCCGCACGGGGGAUGUGGCCACCCGGCAUCCGGUGGAAGGAGCCGGCAAAGGCACGAGCGGGGCCUGGGCCAAGGGGCCGAUGUAUUUCAUUCGCGGCCGGAAGAGCGUGGAUAUCAUCAAGACGGGCGGCGAGAAAGUGAGCGCGUUGGAGGUGGAGCGCGAAAUGCUGUCUCUCCCUCAAAUCACCGAGGCAGCCGUCGUCGCCCUCCCCUCAGAAAAAUGGGGUCAGAAGGUCGCCGCCAUGGUUGUGCUGCAUCCGGACGCAAAGAGUAGCCGUACCGGCCGGGCCUGGGGUCCGAUGGAUCUGCGGCGCGCUCUGCGGGAUCGACUGGCUUCAUAUAAGAUUCCGCAGGAGAUGAAGGUGUUGGAAGCGAUUCCGAGGAAUGCGAUGGGGAAAGUGAAUAAAAAAGCUCUUAUCAAGGAGGUUUUCGGGUAA